CAAGAAUGUAUCACUGUUCUGCUAAUACCCCCUUCAUUUCAAUGGAUUAGAAACCUUUUUCUGUCUCUGUGAAUGUUUAUGGCGUCAAUUUCAGCCGUUGGAUCGUUUCCUAAACGUUUAUCAUCAAACCCUGUUGCCGUUUGUCCUCCUUCUCCUUCAUCUUCAUGUCUACGUAUUAUUUGUGGAAGUUCCAUAGACCCAUCAACCUCAUUUGAGGCAGGUGGAAGAUUGGAGCAGAGCCCCCUAAUUGAUAGAAGACAAGUUGUAAUGUCGUCUAUUGCAUUCUUAGCUGUGGAAAAUUUCAAUUCUCGAAGGAGUGAAGCUUCUUCUGCACCUGAAUUCGCUGAUAUGCCGGCAUUGAGGGGAAAGGAUUAUGGCAAGACAAAGAUGCGGUAUCCUGAUUAUAUAGAAACAAAUUCAGGUCUCCAGUAUAAGGACUUGCGAGCAGGAAAUGGCCCCUCUCCAAAAAUUGGAGAGACAGUAGUGGUUGAUUGGGAUGGCUAUACUAUAGGAUAUUAUGGCCGCAUAUUUGAAGCUCGAAACAAGACAAAGGGUGGAUCUUUUGAGGGGGAUGAUAAAGACUUCUUCAAAUUCAGAUUAGGAUCACAAGAGGUCAUCCCUGCAUUUGAGGAAGCUGUAUCAGGCAUGGCUCUUGGAGGAAUCAGAAGGAUCGUAGUUCCCCCAGAAUUGGGAUAUCCUGAGAAUGACUUCAACAAGAAAGGUCCCAGGCCAACAACAUUUUCGGGUCAAAGAGCCUUGGAUUUUGUUCUGAGAAACCAAGGAUUGAUCGACAAAACUCUCUUGUUCGAUAUUGAACUCCUGAAAAUCGUCUCAAGUUGAACUUAAAUCUUCAUUACUUGCAAUUGUCAAUUAUUGUUAAAUCGUCUCAAGUUGAACUUAAAUCUUCAUUACUUGCAAUUGUCAAUUAUUGUUUUUCCGAUGGUGACAGAUUAAUACAAUUUGUGUACGUUUUCCUUUCUUCAUUGUUGAGAGAUUGUGAUGUCAAAUUGUUAAAUUGUUCAUAUUUGAAAAAUACGAACACAGCAUUCCGCUGAAAUUCUUUUA